ACAUUUUUUUAUUUAUUUUAUAGUAUUUUUUAUUGUCAUAACUAAGUUAUAAAUUAAUUGUUGCCUAUUUUACAUAUAUUUGAUUUGAUUAUACGGUUAAAUGUGUAAACAAUAUGUUAUUACUCGUACGAAACGAACCGGAUAUUGUAAAAAAACUUAUACGGUAUUACUACAACGGGUCUCAUAAUUUCGUUCUAAAGUCAGAGGAAAUAUGUGCUCUUACUUGGAGUAAACAACAGGAGUUACUAGAAGCAACAGUUCAAUGUACUAUAGUUAAGAAAUAUCCUGUUAACAAUGAAUUUUCCAGAUUAUAUUUAAAAAGACUGAUAUCACAGUUAGAAAAAGCAAACCAUGAAGUGCAUGAUGAAUUAUAUGUUGAAUUAUGUAAUGUAAUGAAUAAUAAUACCUUAGACAAUAACAUAUUUCGUUAUCGUCAUUACAUUAUUGGUAAUGAUCUUAGUAAUGUUAUAACAAUAAAAGAGACUAAAAAUAUGGUUGUUAAUGGCACUACUGGAAUGCGAACUUGGGAGGCAGCAUUUAUGCUUGUGGACUGGGCACUUUGUAAUCAAGAAUUAUUUCAUAAUAAAACAGUAUUGGAACUUGGUUCUGGAGUAGGCUUUACUGGCAUUGUUAUUUCAAAGUUCUGUAGACCCAGGGAAAUGAUUUUAUCUGAUUGUCAUGAUGAUGUCCUCAAGACAAUAAGUGAUAAUAUUGAAAUUAACUUUCCUGAUAUAACAAUGAAUGAAAAUAAGAAUUAUGUAUCAUAUGUUAAUGAAAAACAUUAUUUAGGUACAAUUAACUUGGAUUGGAAUGAUAACAAUGUUAAAAAUAUAGCAUUUAAGAACUUGCCAGAUAUUAUAAUUGGAGCAGACAUAAUAUAUGAUCCGUCCUUAUUAAUUCCACUUUCUACUGUUAUUGAAGCAUUCUUACAAAGCAAUAAGAAUAUUAUAAUGUAUAUUGCCAGUGUCAUUCGUAAUGAAGAAACAUUUCAUAAUUUUUUAAAAAUACUUGAUAUGAAAGGUUUAAGAUAUCAAAAAUUGCACCAAGAAGAAAGUGUGUACGUAGAAUGGAACAACAAUAUUCAAAGAUGUUUAUUAAAAAUACAGUCAUCAUAAUUGGAUGUGUGAUAUUCAUUGUGAUAAUA